AUGAGAUUAGCGAGUGUUCCGGGAAAAUUGUGGGAGCACAAGAAGAAAUCAGCUUUUGCAGCUAUUUUGGCGUACUAUAUUGCUGGCAAGACUCUGCGAUGGAAAAGGGAUUGCGACAUCAGAGCUGUUUAUGCGCAACAGGCGAAACGAUUUGGUGAUAUGCCACUGGCGGAAACGGAGCGUCUACGUCGAGUAACAGUGCUGGUGGAUGCGAAAAGUGGCAGCGCUUUCGAUUGCUUCAGCAAAAAUGCGUUACCACUGCUGCAUCUGGCUGGUUUGAAAGUCGAUUUGAUCCGGGCCACCGAUCGUUCUCAAUUCGAAUCAGUUGCUGAAAACAUUGAUACGACCGAAUGCGAUGCUCUGUACAUUGUUGGCGACGAUAGUGCACUUAGUGCUGCCUUAACAGCAAUUUACCGCAAAAAUGAUGCUGCAGCAGUACCAAUUGGUGUUUUUCCGGGUGGCUCUGAAAAUAAAUCACUGGCGAAUUUGGUGCCAAAUGUCUUUGGUUAG